AAAUGUUUCACCAUGAAGGUUUUCUGUUACAUUCUUAUCGAAGAUAACAGUGCGCCAGUUGUUUCGGGAAUUGCAUGCAAAGUAUAAAAGAAUUUGAUAGGAAAAUGCCACCUGGUCCGCAAAAUUUUCAGGAGAUGAAGGAAAGGGUUGAUGAUAUGGAAGGACAUCAUUAUAUGGAUGAAAAUGGUUACAGUUAUGGUUAUGAUCCAAACCAGAUGUAUUAUGUAGAUCCAAAUAUGCAGCAGACAGAGUACUAUCCACAAGGUCAGCAGUAUGGGGGUUGGGGAUGGCAGCCCCAGGGGUACGCAUCUAUUCAGCAGCCGAUGUAUGGAGGUUUUGCACAACAAGGAAUGAAUUAUGACUUUUAUAAUCAGUAUGAUAAUGGAAUGGUAUAUGGACAGCAAGGCUUUGUCAAUUAUGAUGCACAAUCUUCCUAUGGAAGACAGUCGGUGUCAAAUUCUCGAAGUAAACAUUCUUACUCACAGAAUAGAUCAAGAAAUAGACAGAGACCAGAGGCUAAGCAAAACAUUGCUACAAACGAUACUGAAAAUUCUAAUAAUAAUGCUUACAAUAGUAACGAUGGUUUACAAAAGGAAACUAGUUCAGGGGAAGUAAUAAAAGAAAUAGGUCAAAAAAGUGGUGUGAAAGAUAAUGCAACUGAAGAGUCAAAAGAUAGUUUGGAUUUAAAAGAUCAGGAUAAGUUUAGAAAUCGAGGGAGUAGAUUUCAGGGGACAGAUUCUAGAACAAGAAAGUUUGACAGUCGACAACAGAUGCUUGACAAGCAGAGAGGGUAUGAUAGGAGUUACAGGCCUGACAGGGGAGAUAAAAAUAGUAGUGCUGCAGCAAAUGGGGAUAUUGAUGAUUCUGUGAAUAAUAAACCUGAGGUAAAAUCUGAAAAUAAUUCAUCUGAUGAUAAAACUGAUUUCGAUCCAGGAGCACGACCUAAGUCCUACAGGGAUGCUAGGAAUAGUGGUUACAGAAGAGACAAACAGUUUGAUAGAGAUAGAAAAUCUGGUCAAGAAGGUGGAAGGUAUGGAACUAGAUCACAUGGUGCAGACAAAGGUCCGAUUGAUAAUAAAAACAAUGAUUUUGAUAGUAAAAUAUCUAAGGAAUCAGUGAAACCUGAUAGAACAGAUGCUGAAUCUCCUGUGAAUGAUGUUGCUAAUAAGUCUGAGGAAAAUGCUAAUGGAAAAGAUAGUUCCAGCAGAAAGAAAAAGAAGGAAUACCAGGUUUAUUCGUCAAAUAGUCCAAGAGAGUGGCAGGUUAAACCAGCUCAGUACAAUAGCCCGAGGGACGCUUACGAUAGGUAUAACUAUAGAGGCCAAGAUUAUAAUAAAAGACAUAAGGAAUUUACCUCACAAGCCUUAGAGAGAGGGGGAGAUAGAACAAAAUUAAGUGUGGAAGUUGUUGGUGAAGAAAACGCAACUAGUCAAGAAGGUGGGACUGGAGGGGAUGAUGAAAAUGCUGGAGGUUUUAGUGAUAGUAAAAUGAUUACAGAAGGUCAGAGAAAAACAAAGAACAUUGGUCCACAGAGAGGUACCAGGUUUAAGCAGAAAGGCAAGGUUGAUGAGAGUCAAAGAGGUUCAUUGAUAGAGCAACUCAGUAAAGGAAACUACGAGUGUAUGGUAUGUUGUGAGAUUGUUCGUGCAAGCCAUGCUGUCUGGAACUGCAACAAUUGCUAUCAUGUAUUUCAUCUGCGAUGUAUCAAGAAGUGGGCAAAAUCUCCGAAUUCUGUUGUAUCUGGUACAGAAAAGGAUGGUUGGAGAUGUCCGGCAUGCCAAAACUUAUCAUUUAAGUUCCCAAAUCAGUAUAGAUGCUUCUGUGGUAAAGUGAGAGAUCCUGAGGUUACUCGGAUGGACACGCCUCACAGCUGUGGAGAUGUUUGUCAGAAAGAUAGAGGUGAAGGCUGUAAACAUCCUUGUAAUAUACUGUGUCAUCCAGGACCAUGCCCCGAGUGCAAUGCAACCAUUACAAAGUCUUGUGACUGCGGCAAAACAAAACAGUCAGCAAAGUGUAGCCAGUCAACUGUUAUCAAAUGUGAAUUGAUAUGUGAGAGAAUGUUAAACUGUGGAAGGCACUUCUGUAAGGCAAAGUGUCAUUCUGGACCAUGUGAAAAAUGUGAAGAAGUGAUUGUGCAAGAAUGCUAUGGUGAACAUGAAAGCAGAGAGGUUCUUUGUGGAAGUGAGGAAUCAUUUACUGAAGCUUACAGCUGUAAAACUAUUUGCUCAAAAAAAUUGGACUGUGGUAACCACACAUGUGAUAAACCGUGUCACAGACAUGCCUGUGAAAGUUGUCCUCUACUACCAGCAAAUACUACUCACUGCCCCUGUGGUGCUAAAAAACUUACAGAACUCAGUUCAAAGCCGAGAGCCAGCUGCCUUGAGCCUGUUCCUACAUGUGGUGCUAUUUGCAAUAAAGUUCUUGACUGUGGGCCACCAGGAAGUCCACAUAGAUGUGAUAAGCCGUGUCAUGAAGGACCAUGUGGGCCGUGCAAUGGAACUACAUUACUUUCUUGUCAAUGUCUCUUCAUGGACAAAGAAUUCAAGUGUUCAGAAAUUGCAAACAUGAAUGGUGAAGAUCAUAAAUUUCUCUGUGAUAAAAGGUGCAAUAGGAAGAAAUCCUGUGGUCGCCAUAAAUGUGGGCAACCUUGCUGUGUUAGAGAAGAACAUCCGUGUGACUUGUUGUGUGGUAGAAAGCUUCCCUGUGGACAACACAAGUGUACAGAGCCCUGUCAUAAAAAUAACUGCCCUCCAUGCUUGAUGGCUGGUUUUGAUGAGUUGACAUGUUACUGUGGUGCCGAGGUGUUAUACCCUCCUAUUCCGUGUGGUACAAAUCCUCCAGAGUGUCAUAGACCCUGUACUAGAGAGCAUGGAUGUGAUCAUACAGUUCGCCAUAACUGCCACAGUGAAGAGAAAUGUCCCCCUUGUACAGAGCUUACCAAGAAAAUGUGCAUGGGAAAUCAUGUGAUGAGAUCCAACAUUCCCUGUCAUCUGACAGAAAUAUCGUGUGGUAUGAAGUGCAGUAAAUCACUCCCCUGUGAUGAACAUUCCUGCAUUAAGACUUGUCAUAAGGGCCCAUGUUUAGAAGAAGGCCAGGUGUGUCAGCAGCCGUGCCAGAAGAAACGAGACCUAUGUGAUCAUGCUUGUGGUGCCAUGUGUCAUGGUGAUACACCUUGUCCCAAAACACCUUGCAAAGCUAAGGUUGUAUUGAAGUGUGCCUGUGGUAACAGGGAGAAUGAGACACUUUGUUCUACAGGGGCCAUCAGUCCAGACUCUGACUAUCAAAAAUUGGCUAUGCAAAGUUUGAAAGAUUCUAUUCAAGGAAUUAUGGGAGCUUCCUCAUCAGUAAACAUUAGCAAGCUUAAUCAAAUGAAGCAAGGACAGGCUCGUGUGUUGGAAUGUAAUGAAGAAUGUGCUGUGAUGGAGAGAAAUAGACGUAUGGCCCUCGCCCUUGAAAUACAGAAUCCGGACCUCAGUAGUAAACUUGGCAAUCCUACAUAUACAGACUUCCUCAAAGAAUAUGCCAAGAAGGACUCGACAUUUGUAGCUGGUAUAGAGAAAGCAUUUAGUGACCUCAUACAGUCUGCUAAACAGUCUAAGCAGGUUUCAAGAAGUCAUGCAUUUCCUAGUAUGAAUAUGAAUCAAAGGAGAUUGGUGCACGAGCUAGCCGAGUAUUAUGGCUGUCAGACCCAAAGUUAUGAUUACGAGCCAAAGAAAAAUGUAGUGGCUACUGCUCCAAGAGAUAAAUGUUGGUUGCCGUCAGUUACAUUAACUGCCCAGGUUCAGAGAGAAUUACACCCUAGAGCUCCGCCUCCCAUACCUCAUGUAUUCAAAGAGGAUGCUCUCAGGAUGACAAAUCUAGCAUCAAAACAAUCAACAUCAGUUCUGGGUGAUCGGGACGCUUUAUCAUCAAACACUCCAGAAGGUUGGCAGGUGAUUGGCAAAAAAACAAAGAAGCCGGGCUCUUCUUCAAAAUCAGCUAUUGCAACAAUAGACAAGUUUGAAUCAAACUUGGCAGACAUAUGCUCUACGGGAACAAUCAACUAUGACUCACUCAGUAAAGAGAGUAAACAGGCUUUAAAAUCGGAGCCAGUGAUCGACUAUUUUGAUUUUACUGUUAAUUAAUACAACUUAUACUUGCAGCUCUUGCUGAUGGUCUUGUUGCUUUAAGUAGAACUGCUGGCAAACAUGCUCAGAUAGUGCUACGAAUUCAGUUGAUUUCUUUGAGGUCUAGGUAAAUGCAUUCAUGCAUUUCAGGGGUAUACAUGCCAGAUAGUACUGGGGUCACAUUUUGGCAACGUUUUGAGGCUUGUAGAAUACACAGUUUAGAAUUUUCAGUCGGUGAACAGUGAUUCACAGUUAUUCUGUGUGAAACUCAUUAGCCAAUCAAAAUCUUCCUGAAAAGGUCAGUGCUAAGAGAAGAGAAAUGUUUUGGUUUCAUAAUGUAAUUUUUUAAACUUCAAAUCAGGGGAGGUAAUCCUUAUUAAUGAAUAAUAAAAUUUCAGUAAUUUCCUGACAUUGUGAUUCAGUCUUAGCAGGCGUUCCUUAUUUCCAAUACAGUGUAUCGAUAGUCUUUUUUCUGAAGGAAAAAUGAUUGGCUGAAACCACUUACCAUGGUUAUAAUGUACAUGCAUACUUCAACUAUAAUCAAAAUAAAUAAUUUGAAAGUUCUGCACCAGGACAAUGUUAGAUCUCUGAUGGUAAAGAAUCAAGUUAAUGCUGAAAGGGGAGGUAACUUCUAAAAGUACUGAAUUACCAUGUACCCUAUAAGAGUUGUCUCUGCCUAAAUCAGAUUCAGAAAUCAUGUAAAAAAAAUGUAGAAAAUAUAGAAAUUGAGAAAAGUAUUUUAUGACUAAGAAAAGGUCAGAAAUUAGGAAAUGUUCAAAGAAAUAACAUUGUUAUUUAUUUAUUGAUUAAGUUAUUACUUGAAAAUUAGGUGUUAGUUGUACCUUGGAAAUAAGUUAUAAUUUGGAUUUUAGUGGUAUGUUAGCAAAAUAGGAUUAAAGUAUUUUUUUAAUCUGCCUCUUGUUAUGUAAGAGAUAAAUUCUUCUUUGCUUUUGUCUAUUACUUCAAGGGUGUUUUUUCUUUAAUUGAAAAAUAACAUAAUUUUUGAAAGACAUUGUUGUUUGUUGUCUACCAAAGGAUGAAUUUUCUAUUAUUUCUUGAGGGAUAGUUAUAUUAUGCAUUUGCUGUGCAUUAUUUAAGGGAAACGCUUCAGGGUCUGGUUCUUUUAACCUUUAGCCUGCUGGUGGCAAGUGAUUCUGCCUUUGCGACCAGUGCAGACCAAAAUCAGCCUGAACAUCCAUGCAGUCUGAUCAUGGUCUGCACUGGUCGCCAUACAGUCAGUAUAUUUUUGGUAAGCACCCCUUUUAACAGUUAAUGGUACUGUCCAGAUUGAAAGAUUAUUAUAGAAAUUUAGCAGGGUAAGGGUUAAGGUCAAGUGCCUUUGAACGUGAAAUUGAUCAUGAAAAGG